AUGUCUGCCAAACGACUCCAAAUACCAAGUGGUUCUGGUGAACUUGACCGUAUCCAAGGGCUAAUCAAUAGCUUGGGUGAUAAAAUCAAAGAAUUGGAAAAAGAAAACGAAGAAUUAAAAAAAAAUAAAGAACCCAAUCAAAACCUAAAAAAUGAAAAUGAAAAACUGAAAAGCGAAAUCAAAACUUUAACAAACGAAAAAGAUAAAUUAAACAAAGAAAUUGACACCUUGAAAAAAACAAACGAAUCAUUAGACUCUCAACUUAAUACUACUUUAGAUUUAUUAGAAAUAAACUUUGAUAUUAAAAUUUCAAUUGAACAAAAAAUGGACGUAGUUGUUGAAGGAGUUACAGCAUUUACAAAAAUAGCAAAACCAGAGUAA